CUUUCGUGAAAAUUCAUUCCUCGUCUUGUCGCGGGCAAUUGCAUGAACAUCUUGAGCCGAUGCAGGAUCAUACCCAUAAACCAUUUGAGUUCCAUAUGCAGAAAUCCCUCCACUUUGGCGAUCUCCAAGCCCGAUGAGUCGCUGUCAGGAGACAAAGAUGUUUGGUCUGAUCGUAACGUGGCUCAAUCCUUUGAAUUUCGCAAAAUUUUGCAGCUUUGUGCGAGAAAUGGAGCUUCCAUGGAAGCGAGAGCCUGCCACGGGAAGAUCAUUAGAUUCGGGUUUCAGGGAGAUGUCAUGUUAUCGAAUGUUAUCAUCAAUGUUUAUUCGAGGUGCGGUCUUGUCGGGCUUGCUCGCCAAGUGUUUGAUGGAAUGCCCCAGAGAAGCUUGGUUUCUUGGAACACCAUGAUGGCUUUAUAUAAUCGUAACGGAGAGGAACUAAAAGCUCUGAAUAUGUUCUUUGAGUUGCGUAAUGAAGGAGUUAUGUUCAAUGAAUUCACGAUCUCAAGCCUACUCUGUGCCUGUGUGGCAAAGUCCGAUGCCUUGGAUUGCAAGCAGUUGCAUUGUUUGUCUGUCAAGACUUGUCUUGAUUUGAACAUGUUUGUUGGUACUGCUCUGCUUGAUCUUUAUGCAAAGUCCGGGCUGAUCAAAGACGCCAUGCAGGUUUUCGAGUCAAUGCAGGAGAGGAGUUUGGUUACAUGGAGUUCUAUGGUCGUGGGUUAUGUUCAUAAUAAGUUUUAUGAGGAAGCUCUGCUUCUGUUUAGUCGCGCUCAGAGAAUGAGUCUGGAGCCAAAUCAGUUUACAAUAUCUUCUGUAAUCUGUGCCUGUGCCAAUCUGGCCGCUUUAAUCGAAGGGACACAGAUCCAUGCUGUUACCUGCAAGACCGGGCUUUGUUCUAAUGUUUUCGUGGCCUCAUCUCUCGUCGAUAUGUACGCAAAAUGUGGAGGAAUCAGAGAGUCUUAUAUUAUCUUCUCUGAAGUGGAAGAGAAGAAUAUCGUGCUCUGGAAUGCUAUGAUCUCAGGGUUUGCUAAACAUGCACGUUCUGUGGAAGUAAUGAUCUUGUUUGAAAAGAUGCAGCAAGAUGGGAUAUACCCGAAUGAAUUUACUUUCAGCUCCUUGUUAUCAGCUUGUGGACAUACGGGUUUGGUCGAGAAAGGUCGGAGGUUUUUUCAACUCAUGAAAACCGAAUACAAUCUAUCUCCGAAUGUGCUUCACUAUUCCUGUAUGGUUGAUAUCUUUGGUCGUUCGGGCCAUUUAUCUGAAGCGUAUGAGCUAAUCCUAUCGAUGCCCUUUGAUCCUACUGCCUCCAUUUGGGGAUCUCUUUUGGGUUCUUGUCGGGUUUACAAAAACAUCGAGCUGGCAGAGGUUGCAGCCAAGAAACUCUUCGAACUAGAACCAGAAAACGCCGGCAACCACGUAUUACUAUCCAACAUUUAUGCAGCGAACAAGAAGUGGGAAGACAUUGUCCACUCAAGGAAGCUUCUGAGAGACAGCAACGUGAAGAAAGUCCGAGGGAAGAGCUGGAUAGAGAUAAAGAACAAGGUUCACACUUUCAGCGUGGUGGGUAGCCAUCAUCCAAGAAUCCAAGAAAUCAAUGCCGAGUUAGAUGAAUUGCUGAGUGAAAUGAAGAGGUACGGCUAUGAGCCCGACACGAGGCACGAGCUACACGAUGUGGAGGAGGGACAGAAGGAGGAGCUUCUAAGGCGGCAUAGCGAGAAGCUGGCUCUAGCGUUCGGGUUGAUGGGUUUGCCAAAGGGUUCUACUGUUAGGAUAAUGAAGAACCUGAGAAUAUGUGGGGAUUGCCAUGAGUUUAUGAAGGUCGCUUCAAUGGUUACAAGAAGGUGUAUCAUUGUUAGGGAUGUUAAUAGGUUUCACCAUUUCAGUGAUGGCCAUUGUUCUUGUGGCGAGUUUUGGUGAAACUUUUUUUUUUGAAAUCAAAAUCCAUUAUUUCAGGGGAAAAAAAAGAAAUGUACUAUGAUAGAUUCUUCUCUCCUAGCCAUUUUAAUUUUU